GCGUGUUUGUGCGCGACGGUUGAACAGCUGAAUUCAAUGCAACCGACCAAUACCACUAGUAGCUCGUUUAUGAUACAAGUCCCCAAAAAAAGGAAAGAAAAAAUAACGGGAAAAGAAAAGCAAAAAAAGAAACAAAUGCACGGACCGUGAACAUACGUGCAGUACACACCAGAUUCACACUCACACAGCAGUGCAAAGUCGACAGACAAGACGUCCAGCCCCCUGUUGGCACCCUGUUUCUGCCGCUGCUCAUUCUUUGGCUCGUCUGCGACACGCGCCUUUUCAACCCCCCCGGCUAAACACCAAAUGGUCUGGAAAUGCACUGGGCUGGCUGGCUACUGCCGCGCUUCUGCUCUGGCCUGCUGCUUGUCGACUGGUUCUGGUUCUCGUUCUGGUACAGUGCUGGUGCCCGCGGGUCUGCGACUGGCCCAAAUAUUGCACCGUUCGACGACGCUCAAUCGUCCAACCUCGACCGCCUCUCCGCGAGUGAGAGAGAGAAGAGAGAGAAAAAAAAAAGGAGCCCUGUCAGUUCUGUCUGUUCACGCUCCACUGCUCUGCUUUGGUCGUCUCUCUCCGUCGUCAACUCGCAGGUCAUUCAUUUCAUCUCACCAACCGCAUCAUCAUCUCUCGCCCCAAAUUGCUCUUGGCGGCUCUUCACUCUCACCUGCUACAAGUACACUCCAGUACACUACAGUCCCUCUACUCUUACUUAGCACUCAUCUCAUCUUCACAUCCCAUCAAAUCUCAUCUCUUCCAUUUCGUAUUUGCCAAGCCGAGAGCGGGCUCCCACUCAAUCCAGACAGGCCCAACUAAUACUAAUUUAGCGGUCCGGGUCCCAGGAUCCCUCCGCGAUCAGCUGGGUCUAGCCACUGUUGGGAGUCCUGUAGUGCCAGAAAGUACUGUACCAACCCCCCCUGGGCCGUUGACAUUUGAGAGCUC